CAAGGCUGUUCCAACGUCUCGCGAUGUCCAAGUCGCCAUGGAGCGCGAGUGCGAGGGCGAGGAGUGGGAGAAGAGUGAGGUGGAGGAGCAAGCCGUCCAGAGGGCCAUUGCCUUUGCCAUGCGUGAUCCUGAUCUCUCGCAAGGGGACUACUACGACCUUUGCUCGCGCUUGCCGCUACACUACUGGGCCUAUGAAUGGGUCUCCCCUAAGCCCGGCGUCUUGGGGAACUGCUGUUUGGUGCCCAAGAUCGGGGCCAUGGGUUUACUCGGCCGCUGCCUCCACGAGCUCUUGGACGAAGCACCGAGCAGCUCGUCUGUGCUGAGCAUUGGAAGUGGAGCUGGAUUGCUGGAAUGGUUGCUGUGUCCUCGCUUCCAGGUGAUUUGUGUGGACUACUUCUACGAGCUGUCGGAUGGAGGUGAAGUUGAUCCGUGGGUCCUUCCACAGCUGCACAGUCACAUUCGUGAGGAGGCUGACGGCUCCUUGGCCUUUGCGAGCCCCGAGAAAGUGCUGUCGGGCGGCGCUGGCGCUGGCGCACCAGUGGUGGUACUGUGCAGCUGGCCUCAGUUGUCGGUCCCAGAGCUGCGGGCCUAUGCGGAGCACUUCAAGAUUCUAGGUUUGGUCGUCCUUUCUGGUGAGAAUUGCCAUCCUGCACCAGAGGUGGCAGCAGAUGCGGUGGGCUGCGACCUUCUGAAAAGGCAGGACGUGGAGGUGGAGUGCCUCUCGCAGCCUUGUUGCUUGUGGAGCUUCGCUGCAGCAAAAAGUGCAUAGCAUUGAUAGACCCUGGGUUCAGUGGGGGAUGUAUACUAUGUGGCCGGCGAACAGCGCUGGAAUGGAUAGAAUUGAUAUUGAUUAUGC